GGGGCAGCAGUCUCCACCCAAAUCACAUUGCACCGUACCAACCCCUUCCUCCAGGUGGUGAGUCCACAAUAGCAUCAAGCAAAACAAACAUUUGAACACUGAUGCAACUAACUGUCAAUUGGUAUUUAUCUUUCCUUUUGUCAAACAACAUGUCACGGAACACUCUAACAUUUGGUCAAACACCUAUUACAGCUGCUGAAGGUGAUGGCCAAAUAUUGAUUAAACAUAAACAACACAAGUUGGUUUGUUUUUUAAACAUGUGACCUACUUUUUAUAAAACAAACCAGUUCAGGUUUCAAGCUGUGGCAUCUGGAAGCAGCAGUGUGAAAUGAACUUUGAUUGACAAUGAAUGAGAUCCAAGUGUCCAAAAAUUAUAUAGAUACAAGUCUAACGAACCAGAAAUACAGCCAGAAUACUGACUAAUGACUAGUGAUGCACUGAAAUUAAAAUUCUUGGCGAAACCAAAAACCGAAUACGAGGAAACCAAGGCUGAAAACCAAAACACGGAAAGAAAUGACUAUGUUAUUAGUACCAUUGCAUUUAUGGCUAUGACUGUGAACUAAACCUCAAUGGAUAUGUAUGUACAAUUUCAGAUAUCCGACAAGGUUUUUGCUUGCGUCAUAACUUUCUGUUUCGGCUGUGUUGUUUCGGUGAUAAAAGUCUUUCACUUUUGGGCCUUGCGUCCUCUGUCUUAGUGACUAUUUCUGGGUGGGUUUUAAGAAUCCUUUCACCAUCUGGUAGCAAUGAAACAAAUAUUUCUGUUUUUUAACAUUUUUAACCUGAUCUUUGCUCAGUUUGCUUGAUUAGUCAAUUCCAACUCAGUUGUUUCAGUUGUUUAUUUUAGCUGUACUUCUACUAUGACUGUGACUCACUUUUACACGUAAUGUAAAAAACACAACUUUCCCAUAAUUUAUUGGUUUGCCCUACGAGGCAAUUUUCCCAUGUGUGAUUUGACUUUUGAUAAAUCUUUUGCUAAAAGUUGAGACAUAGGCCACACUUAUAAGAAUGUGUUUGGUCUGCAGGUGGUGUUAAAGACGGCACAAUCUCAAGAAAAACCGUGGAUCAUAGGACACACUUCACAGGUGAAGCUUUAUUAUUUUUCCACAAAGGCGGCUCUCCUUGAUAUCGGCAGAACAUGUCAAUAUCAAAUCCACAAAACGACAGCAACACCCAGAGGGAGCAGAACUUUCCAGGCUUCCCUGGGAAUGAUGACAAAAAGAGCAGACCUGUGUUCAGACUCACUAAUGUCCCUGAAAGUAUGGUUGUGAAGGGGGCUUCAGUGCUGUCACAGAGGAUGCUGUGGAACAUCCCUAAAUUCAGAUUGUUUAGGUUCCUUCUGUUCCUGACAGUGAGCUCCUUCUUUAUAGUUUUAUAUGUUCUGUGGGGGUACAAGAAAGGACUAGUUUUCAACCCCACCUUCCAUAUACCCAGUCCUGCAUCUGUCUCAGACAGGACACAGGACGCAGCAGCUGUAGUUUUCUGUGGAAACACUUCAGCAGAAAUGAAAUCACUGGACGAGAUGAUAAGCUCCAAGCUGGAAUACACACCUAGAAAAGUGCCAAAGGACACGGAAGUGAUCGCAAUGGACCCACAAAAGAUUAAGCGCAGGUCAAAAGAAAGGGAGAAGUCGGUGACAGGCAGCAGGGUAGACACCCACGGUCCUAACUGCAGCCAUUUGACCAGUGAAAAAAGAUCUGACAACAUUAUCAUUCUUCUUUUUCCACAGUUUGUCUCUAAAUUUCCUCGAAAAUACCUUUCUAAAAUCAAGAGUCCGUGUUGGCAUGUGCCGUUCACUGGGACACCCAUCAAUAAUCAACACACCAGGAACCAGAUGAAGUUGGACAAGGUUCCACUGCGGUGCCUGCCGUACUUUUAUCUUGUUGGCCAACCAAAGUGUGGAACUACAGACUUGUUUCAUAGAUUGCGGAAGCAUCCACAAAUUAAGUACAACGCCGUGAAGGAGCCACACUGGUGGACCAGGAUACGCUAUGCUAAUACAUCUGUAGAACGUUACCUGAAUCUAUAUCGCUCGGCUGCGAGGUACAUCAGCAAUGGACUCAAGGGUGGAACACAAGCAGACAAAAGUGCCCUGAAGAUCCUUACAGGUCAGAGACUUUUGAGUUACUCAAAGUCUGGUUUUAGUUUUUGCCAUUUAUUGCAUUUUUGGACUAUUUAAUAAGGUGUUACUAAGACUGUCAUUGCAAUAACAGUUGAUGGCAGUGCGUCCACUCUGUGGGACAACAAGCAUCUGUGGAAUUACUACUACAAAGACAGGGGAUAUACAGAGCCUGAGAUCCUGAACGUGGACUUCAUCCACACCGUGAACCCUGGAGCAAAAAUCCUGGUCAUACUAAGAGAUCCUGUGGAGAGGCUUUAUUCUGAAUACCUGUACUUCAGAAGAAUCAAUUCAGCAGAAGACUUCCAUGACAAAGUCAAAGAAGCUGUACACGUGUUUACCUCCUGUCUGUCUCAGUGGUCACUUCGUCAUUGUGUCUACAACAUCAGUGUCCUUGAACAAAUACAUAUCAGGUUACAUGUAGGGAUGUAUGUGGUCUUCUUACUGGACUGGAUGAGUGUUUUCAGCAGAGAUCAGAUUAUGAUUCUGCAACUUGAAGACUACUCAGCAAAUAUGAAAGAGACAAUGACAAAAGUUCUUCAAUUUCUGGAUGCUGAACCUCUCUCGGAGGAGCAAAUGGCACAUGUGUUGGAAUUAAAAGUGUCAAACCCUCGCCGUUCGGCAGAUAGGUCUGUGGGUCCAAUGCUUCCUGAAACCAGAGAAUUCCUGAGGGAAUUUUAUCAACCCUUCAACCGUAAACUGGCCAGUGUGCUGGAAAACAAGGCCUUCCUCUGGAAUCACUGCUGAUGAGACAGGAGACAAAUAGAACUUCAGGCAUACGGACUUAAACAGUUUCUGUUUCUAGGAGGAUUAUUAUUGUUCAAGCAUUUUAACUAACGUAGGUAAUUUCUUUUCUUUGUUUUUCUUUGGGGGUGUUUAAUCUGGUUUCUUGGUGACGUCUGUGAAGAUUCUUAUUUAUCUAGGUCAUGUUAUCAAAAGAGUUUUGUUUUUAAGCAACUGGACUUUUUCUUUGAGCUUGAAAGAUGUUUUGUUCCUCAACUGUGUAAGAGGGAACACUAGUAGGGUUCCAUUACCCAGAAACUGAUGAAAGCAACCAGACCACAACCCAACACUAAGGAAAAGAAGCAAAAUGAGGCACAUAAUGGUGCCUUAUGUGUCUGGUCCAGCUGAGAAACUAUGAAGGAUCUUCACCAAACAAAGCAUUCCAGUAUACUUUAAACCGCAACACACUCAGACAGAGGUUAGUCCAAAACCCCAAGGGAAAACCUCGACAAUGUGGUUCAUGAGGUGCAAUGUAGUGAAGAGUGCUGAGAUCUGGCCCAAAACAGGAGGGUGACCACAUUAGGACAGGGCUCAGCAGUAUAUCUACAUCUGACAGAAAGGGGGCACUCUAUCAAGGACACAGAGGUGCAUAUUUUGGAGGAGGAGUACAGGUGGUUUGAGAGAGAAGUGAAGGAAGCCAUCUAUGCCCAUCUGGAACGACCAACAUUGAAUAGACUUUACAUUAUUAAUUAUCUGCUACACACCAUCCACAACCACAACAGUCUUCUCUAGACAGGUGUGAGCACAACGACUCUUCAUACCUUGACUUCUGACUCCUUUGUCAGGUAGAGAAUGCAGUGGUCUAGAGAAGUAUACAGCUAGUGUUCCCUCUUACAUCAACCAAACAACUAAACUCUAUGAACUAAAUCAAGAAAUGUCAGUAACAGUUUGUUUGUGAGUGAUUAGGGUUUAUUUAUUUGGGACCAGCUUCAUGCGUCCUUUGUGUCAGUCAAUAUUUGCUUCCAACUUACCAGAAUCUGAGUCAAAUUAGGGGGGCAAGCACACGGACAGGUUCAUUUCCAAAUAAAUUGAAAAUAGCUAAAAUCAUACAACAAAUAUCAUUCACAAACUGUAGACCUGUCUCAUUGGUCCCACAAUUCUCAAAUUGUAGAUACUAGAAGACCUGUUGAGCAACAAACUGGACACAGUUUUAGAAAAACAAAAAAUUCUUGCUGAGAAUCAGAAUGGGUUUAGGUCAAAGUAGAAGCAGAAGAAAUCACGAAUGCCAUAGACCACGGCAACACAUUAUUGGACUGUUUACUGGUUUAAAAAAGGGUUUCAACACAAUCAACCACCAAAUAUUAAUCAAUAAACUGGCUUUAGGGGAACAGUGCAUUUAUUUAUUUGGGACCAGCUUCAUGUGUCCUUUGUGUCAAUCAAUAUUUGCUUCCAACUUACCAGAAUCUGAGUCAAAGGGGGUGAGGUGGGGGAUAAAUAAAUAAACAACACAACAAGCACACCUCCUCAUCCUUAUACUUGAUUGGUUCUUGGUUUUGUCCGUCUCUCUUUAAGAGACAACUGUUCUUGACUUGACUGCUCAGAUCGAGUGUCUGUUGGUUGGGGAAAAUCCAUCAAUUAGUAACUUGACAAAACUCAUUUUAAACAUGGGCUCUGAGGUAUCCGUUAAUACUUCCAGGACGCAUCUGGACUGGUAUGAAUCCUCUCUACAGACGCCCUGUGUCCUACCGGAUGUGAGCAUUGAUGAGACCAUGGUGAAGUUUGCCAGCCUCACCUCAAACAUGGAGCUCAGGCAAUACUCCAACCAGUUGGUCCAGAGCGUACCAGACUACAUUGACAGGCUGGGCUCACGUUUGGGUUCACUGAAUUCUGUCCCGAACGCUGUCGGACUUGGUGCACUGGUGAUUUAUUUGUUUAUGGACUUGAUCUUCAAGAGCAACGAGAAAAAGUCCGAAGUUGACGAAAUGUACACGAUGUUCAGACGCGUGUUUGCUGAAGAGAAGGCCUCGUCUGUCCGUGACACCAUGUCAGAGUACGUGGCUCGCCAUGGAGCAUACAUCCACAAUGACGUGCGUUUGCUGGAAGAACUGCAAAGAUUAGAAACGCAGCUAAGCAACCAUCUCACCAUCCUCAAAAACUCCCUGCUGUAUGACAACCAGAUGAGUUCCCGCGGGUUCAAAAUCUGGGCCAACGGAGCCGCCUUCCACCUACAGAUGGUGAUCCACCAGGCUCGACUGAAGAACCCUAGCGGUCAAGAAUAUUCAGACACUGUGAGAACAAUUAACCUGAUGAUUGACAGGUAUACGCAGAACUUAAAUGUUUUAAUGGAAAAAUUCAAGGCCUACAGAAUAAGUACAACUGAAAUAGUACCUCACAAACACGCUUCUUUUGGGGAAUAUGGAGCAAUGUUAUACCAAGUAGGAUGUGAAAUAAGAAGUAAGGAGAAUUACAACUGUCUUGCAAUUCACCAAACGGGGAUAAAAAAUAAUGAUCCUUGUGGACGUGGCGAUUUGGUUGAGGCUUAUGUAAACCAUAUUUUCUCAAAGUACCCUCUGGUUUCAAGCUUAACAGGUAAUUUUUCAGAUAUUAAGCAAAACCUUGAUGCUUUGCUCAAACAACACGAUGCAUUUAAUCCAGUAGACAUUGACAUCACCCCCAAAAAAUAAAAUUUUGACUUGCUCCCUGUAA